AUGACAUAUGAGGAAUUGCUCCCAACGCUAAUUGAGAACAACCUGGUUAUUCCAAUUCAAUCUAAACCAAGAGAGACACAUCCUAAAGGCCAUGAUAUUAUCGCCAUAUGCAGUAAUCACGUUGGGAGCUCAGGCAUUCCACUGAGAAUCGUAGGUAUUGAAGCGCAAGGUCCAAGAUCUGAUCGAUUCAGAGGCGUUGACAUUCAAUGUGUAAUGGGGCAUUUUGAUCAGGAGUCACCUGGGGCUAUUAAUUGUUGUUUCUCUUUUUCUCUGCCAAAACAGAGCGCAUAUCCUCCCAACCCUUCUUUGACUCUGCCGCCUGCGUCGCCUCUUCAAUCCUCCAUUCCGGUUUGGGAAGCAGCAAUGGACGCACAAAAGUAUGUGUGGGAAGGAGCAAUUCCUCUUCAGAUCCAUCUCCACGAAUCCCAAGUCACCGCUCUGCCUCCUCCUCCUCCUGCUCUGAUCUUAGCUCCGCGGAUCGGAUAUCUGCCGCUGUUAGCGCCUUUGAUUAAGCCUUAUUUUAGCAGCACACUUCCUCCCGGGGUCGAUACCAUUUGGUUUGAUUACAAUGGCCUCCCUCUCAAAUGGUACAUACCAACUGGAGUUCUUUUCGAUCUUCUGUGCCCCGAGCCUGAAAGGCCUUGGAACAUUACUGUCCACUUUAGAGGAUAUCCUGGAAAUGUAUUGAUACCAUGUGAAGGAGAAGAUUCAGUAAAGUGGAGCUUUAUAAACUCAUUGAAAGAGGCGGCAUACAUAAUGAAUGGAAAUUGCAAGAAUGUUAUGAACAUGUCUCAGUCUGAUCAGUUGGAGCUUUGGAAUUCUAUCAUGAAUGGUAAUUUGGAAGCCUACCAACGUGUCUCAUCUAAGCAUAAACUUUCAACAGUUGACGACGAGUAUACAAGUUUGUGCUUGCAGAAAUCUCAACAAUCCCUUGGAGAAACCAAUUUGACCGCUCAAGUCAAGACAGGAAGAGUUCCAGUUAGAUUAUAUGUUUUGAGCAUAAGAGAGGACUUCGAUGAUUUGGAUGAGAUACCCCGGGUUGAUAGUUGGGAGAAGAUCUCUUCCAUAAAUCGACCAGUUGAGAUCCGCAAAGAAGAUAAAUGCUUCACUUUACAUGAUGCUUUGAAAACCCUUCUCCCAGAAUUAUUUUCGGAUGAAUCCUUGACGAAUGUAAAAUUAAGUGGAGUUGAUUUUGAGAAUACAGCUAGAAAUCCCAAUGAAGAUGUGAGCAGUGAUAAAGUAGUGGAAGACCAGGGACAGAAUGAAUAUAAAAACCCAGAGGCUGGCCACAUUUCCAGUAGUGCCGAAAUCAAGUUCAUCCGAAUUCAGGGCAUCAAACCGAAGCUAGAGAUACCCUUUUCUUGGCUGGCAAACAAUUUAAUAAAUCCGGACUAUUUCCUUCUCAUCUGUGUCUAUGUCAAAGUUGGCCAAUAAAUUCCCACAGUGAUGAUACAUGCGGUUAUGUUUUCCCUUCGUGACGAGGAGGUUAGCGUCUCAUCCUUUAAUUCAUUUAAACUGUGAAUAUGUUGAUUACAUAUACAUGUCUUGGCUAGAAAAAGAAGCCACUGUGUUGUGUAUAAGUAACCAUAGGAUAGGUUUGGCAGCCCAGUUUGAUCAUUUGAUUAUUGUUUUUUUAAUAGAUAUUAACACAUGGUUGAUUUGUUAAGAAGAUAUGU